AUGACCUCCGCCUCGAACAUCGAGGAUGAAGGGCGUGUCGUUCCGCUUUUCAUCAAUGGUGACAAAAUCGUGUUCAGAAUGGAGGGUGGAAUUGUGCAUCAGAUUCGAGUGGACCUCACAAAUACCAAGACACAUCCUAACUUCCCGCCAUCCACACCGUACAAGAAACUGAAGGCGCGCAUUGUCAAGGAAUGGAGAUCAACGCGUGCUCGUUCGUCUAAAGUGAAUAUCUCGAUCCUGGACAAUCCUCCUUGCACCGGGUCUUCGCACCCCAUACCUCGGGAUCGACCUCAUGGGAAAUGCCGGCAGCAAGCAACCGAACCCGGCUACCGAAUACAUGAGGAUGGUACGUUGUCGGGGAAGAAGCUUCCCGCACUUCCUGCCGGACGUGCAUAUACACUGGCUUACGUCAACCCUCCUCUUCUUUCCGAAGUAUGGAGACCGUCUGAGCCUCGAUCUUCGACAAAAUUCGAGUGGAGAGGACCUCAUCGCACGUCCGAGAGGCCUGUAUCCAACCCCAGUGUACUCGGCUCCAAAGGGAAGAAACGAGCACGCAUGUCUGACUACUUCAAGUGUUCUCAUCGAAAAUCCAAUGAUACACAUGGAACGAAGACUGGGACUCGAGCACUGCCAUUUAACCCAUCAAAGAAGCGCAAGCGACGUGAUGUUCUGUCGCACAUGGAUCGGAAAUCUUUAACUGUGCGCAUUCGUGGGACCAAGCUAACGAUGGCCCCCAAAACAAUGGAGAAGUACUAUGACAGUUCUGACAGCGAUUCUGAAUCCGAAGUCGAGGAGCCGCUUGCCUGCUGGUCCACGACGCACAUGUAUCCCUUGACCGAACGAUAUCAUACUAUGUACAACUGUGAUCACGAAGAGGCGAAGCUCCGUCUAUGCUCCAUCUCCAGUGCUGAUGGACUCAAUAUCCACGAUAUAUCCUUAUACCCUUCAAUUCCCUCGCAUAUAUCUGCCCGGCUUCCAGAAGAGGCUCGCGAAUGCAUCCCAACAGAAACCGAAAUGACCGAAAUGGCAAUUCUCGCUGCACUCGCCGCUAUGGAGCAAUCCUUCACCAACACGUAUGAUUUCCCACAUUCGUUGGGUCUAGAGGAUUCAGGUCGGAAUGGGAUGACUCCUUUAACAUCUGCUUUUAAUCACUGUUCACCCUUGGUACGGUUCGGAACAAAUCAGCAUCUUCUCGGAGCAAGUCUUGUCACCGCCGUCUGA